CCGUUUUUCACUUGCUCUCUUCUGCGUCUGUCUGCGUCCGUCCUCGAUUCUGUCGGCCGCCCCUAUCUGCUGCUUUUCACGCCCUCUUGGACUGACUGACCGAAAAGGAUGCUCGACGAAGAACGAGAGCGAGAGCGCGAUCGAGACCAGGACAGAGAGAGGGAGGGCGAUACGCGCGGCGGCGGCGGCGGGAAGAAGUCUGGCGGCGGAGGUGGUGGUGGUGCGGGAUCGAAGUCGUCGUCCAAAGACCUUUCGCAUGUCCCCUGCAAAUUCUUCAAAGUCGGAUCCUGUACAGCUGGAUCUGCAUGCCCCUUCUCGCACACCGCCAUUGAGCCCGGUGCAACAAAGGACACCUGUGCGUGGUUCGUCAAGGGGAACUGCAAGUUCGGACACAAGUGUGCGUUGGCGCACAUCUUGCCUGGACAGAGCAUGAGCAUGGAUCGGCGGAACAAGAAGGCUGCCCAGGUCCAGGCUGCUGCUGCGGGUGGCGGGCGUCGCGACGGCGGAGAGAAGGGGGGCAGGGACAGGGACAGGGACCGGGCGAAGCGAGGCGGAGCAGGCGGGGACAGCGGGCUUAAUGCACGUACCCCGGCUCGCCGGCCCCCCAUGAGCCUACAGCUAAAGGCGACGAUAUCACCAUCGGCGCCGGCGCCUCCCUUGAAAGAUACGGAUUUUGCCUCGUUCAGCGACGUGCUCGACGAGCUGCCCAGUGCACCGGCGCGCAACAAGUCGCCCGACUCGCCGCCCGUGACCACGGCCGUGACGACGCCCAAGGAGGAAGAGGAAGCCAAAGUGCUGGACUUCAAGGAGCAGGUCAUGAGCAUGAUGUCGAUUCCUGUCUCUGCGCCCCGGAGACCGAGCACGACGACGCCACCUGCCAAGGACUUCGGGCCGAUCGGGUCGCCACCGACGAAUGCGGGUGCGACACCCCCGCAAAAGAACGGGUUCUUGUCGACGUCGCCGUUCUCAGCGCCUGGGUCCCAGACGAUCUUCCACCUAGGAGACAAAGCAAAGGGGAUGCCCUCCAGUCUGGGCACUGGUAUCACUGGCGCAUGGGGUGCACCGCCUCCGCCAAAGCAGACUGCGACGAGACCCCCGACGACGACGUCCCUGCUGUCUGCUGCACGUGAUAUUCAACGUAAUACGAGCAACAACGCGGACGAUGGGGAUGAUAGCAUGGAGGAAUUCGUGCCCUCAUCACUUUCUGAAUUGUUGACGCCCGAGGAGCGCAGCCGACGGAUGUCGCGUGCCAAUUCGGGGCAGGGAUACGAGCUGAGCUCGUCUCCCGGUCGUCAAGGUCUCGGGCUGCCUCUGCCGAGCGGAGCUGCAGGCCAUCGCUACUCACGUUCGGUGCCAGCUCCGUCCUUCUUGGGCGGCGAUCUCAAAUCCAUCUGGUCCGAGCAAGCCAGCGGGUCCCCCGUUGUUCCCUCUGGCCUGGCUUCGUCGCCCCGAUUCUCCUCAUCGUACUCGUCCACUGGUGGUGGUGGCUUGACUGGAUCUUACGCAGAGGAUCCGGCAUCGCUGAUGCGACUGCCGACUCUCUCACCGAGCAACGCCAGUGCGGCGUUUUUACCCGGCAUGCACCACUACAUGUCACGCAACAAGAGCAACUCCGGCCUCGCGUCGAAUGCAGCGAUGCAGCAGGGCCCGCCAGGACUCGCGCAUUACCUCCAAUCCGGCCCCUCUGCUUACGUCCGCCCGAAUCCUUUCGACCUCACCCAGCAGCAGUCACGCGUCGAGCAGCCGGAUGCCGGGCUCAUGUCCCCGAACGCCCGCGCGCUGCAGGCCCACGCGCCAGGACAGAGUCUACCGCAAGGUCUUGCGGCGGGUUACUCGCGGAUCCACGCACUGCCGCCUCUGAGCGCGGGCUCGCCGUCGCCGGCUGCGGCCGCGUUCGGCACGUCGCCGAACAGGGACUGGGCGACCAUGAGCACCGGCAGCGUCAGCGGGAGUCCCGGCUUCCUGAGCUACAUGGCGCCACAGAAGGAGACGUUGCCGUUCUCGUACUCUGCUGCCGUUGCGAGCCGGGCGGCGGGUGGCGCCGGAGCCGCUGGCGGACCGUCUGGACGGAAUGUGUCCAUCAGCAGCCCGCUUGCGAGACCUGUUGCGACGGCCAACCAGGUCGACGAUCUGUUUGUGCUCGACGAUUGAUAGUGAUAAGUAAUAUUCCAUCUCGCCUCUCCUCUUGCUUGUUGUGUCUGUCUCAUCUGUUACUUACCAACGCACGGACUGCCGUGUUAGCACUUGUCAUGACAAUCUACACCACACCAAAAGUUGUUUUCUCGUUCUCCUAUCUAUAAUCCAUCACGGCCCAACUUGUAGCUAUAUAAAUAUCUCUGUAAGUACAUAUGUACAAGUGAACAUAAUUCUUACUGAGCAAAUCAAGGCUUUUCGGAUACCCAUUAUUAGUAUGCACAUACUUCUUUCCUACAAAGCCGCCAUUGGCACUGAUGGUAUAUAACAUCUGAUUAUGGUAUUAUACAGCCUCGCUCUGCAGCUCGAAGGGUGCGGACGGGUUGUCCGGGCGUGUGAUCUCAUCGUAGAUGAGGACUGCAGACAGGCAGUCAGGGACCAGGUACAAUAGAAGGAACAGAAGCACCGACCCUUCAAGUCCUCCUUGCUCACUUGAUCUCCAUUGUCAAAGUCGAAGAAAGACGGCGGUAUCGGGUCCGCUGUGGGCUCAUCGGCAGGAUCGUGGUACGGCUAGAAAGAAGAACAUUAGGGGUGGUGUUCCUGGUAGGGCAGGACAUAUGCGCACGGAGAGAUAGGGAUGCGCCAGCGCAUCUUCGACUUCUAUCCGCCGUUUUGGAGAGAACGUGAGUAGCUUCUCCAUCAGAUCUAUGGCCUGCUUGCAGUGAGCACAUGGUGUCGCCGCCGCUAUGGUCCCGGCACGUACAUCUGGAUUCGCUUUCGGGAACAACGUCGACAGUGGCCGUUUCUUACGGAACGGCAGAGCUCGGAUGUAUUCCCGACUGGCGGAUCGUGUUUGCUGGAUGACUUUGGCAGAAAUGACUGUGCGCAACGCACCUUCGCUGACUCGAGAUGGCGUAGAAAUCGUCGAUUGAGGGCGUGCCGAGAACGUCAAGGAUAAUGCUUAGCUGGUCGUGAUCUGCGACGAUCGUGUGAGGAACACAGAAAGUGACAAUGAAGAGUGGCAACGGUACGUACAGUCGCGACCAGGGAAGAGUGGUUUCCCCGACAACAUCUCCGCGAGCACGCAUCCUACAGACCACAUAUCGAUGGCACGGGUGUACUCUUUGAACGUCAGCAUGACCUCCGGGGCACGGUACCAUCUGCGGUCGAUGAGCAAGGAUCGAGAACGAGCAGGGGAGAGAGAGGGAUACACGCCUCGUGGCAACGUAUUCCGUCAUGAAGGUGCUGCUGUCGUUAGCGACGUUGGGCGGUGGCCGGGCAGACCGUGCGAGACCGAAGUCACACAGCUGGAGUUAUCGUGAGUGGGGCCUCGAAGCCUCCCACGCUGCGGUGCGGGUGCAAUGGCACGACGCACCUUCAGAUCGCAGUUGGCAUUGAGGAGCAAAUUAGAGGGUUUCAGGUCUCGGUGGAGCACAUCCGCGCUGUGCAGGGCUUUCAGCGCCCGGAGCGUCUGUCGUCCUUGGGUCAGUAGUCGCAAAUGAGGUUGGGGACGCCCACACACUUGAUAGAUGAAAUACUGGCAAUGGUCGUCUGAGAGCUCCUGGGUGCGGAUGACCCGAUGGAGGUCUGUUUCCAUGAGCUCCUGGACGAGAUAGACCUCAUUGAACUGCUCGAUAGAGGGCGGCCUGAGGAUGUCGAGAAUAGCGAUGAUGUUCUCGUGGUGAAAGUGGCGGAGGAGCUUGAUCUCGCGCAGUGUGCGGAGACAAAACAUGGAGUGGUCGAAGGGUGUGAUGCGCUUUAUCGCGACCUUGCGCUGGGUGGGUACAUGGACUGCGCUGACGACGACGCCGUACGCGCCCUCCCCGAUGGCAUCCGCGACUUGGUACGAGGACCCGACGGUGAAUUCACGAGAGUUCAUGAUCAAGCCAAACAAACAACGCCAUCACCCCCACUUGUCCUUUCACCAUGAAGCUCGUCCGCUUUCUCAUGAAACUCAACAAUGAGACCGUCACGAUAGAGCUCAAGAAUGGAUCAGUGGUGCAUGGGACGAUAACAGGUGUGGAUGUCCAGAUGAACACGCAUCUCAAGACCGUGAAAAUAACGGCGCGCAAUCGUGACCCGACGUCGCUGGACUCGCUCUCCAUUCGCGGGAACAACAUCCGCUACUUUAUCUUGCCUGAUGCCCUCCCACUGGACACGCUUCUCGUGGACGAUGCACCGAAGCCGAAGAGCAGGAAGAAGGAGCUCGAUGCGGCGCGUGGACGCGGCAGGGGGCGCGGCGGAGAUCGCGGGCGCGGUGGGCGAGGACGCGGUGGAGGAGGACGCGGUCGUGGGCGAGGCUUCUAAGCCAUAAUGCUCAGAACUCCCGUAUUCGAUCGUGCGCGUCGCCGAAACUCGUCGUCCCGACAGACUCUGCGAUGAUGGAGAUGCGUUUAUCAGGGCAGUUAUGACCCAAAAAGACGUUACGUCCGUGUAUCAUCUCUGUUGUGUCAUUCAAUUUUACUUCUUUCUUGUACGCUGGGCGAAAAGCAUGCCUCUGGCUUCGCGUCUGU